AUGGACUCGGACCCCGUACCCUCAUCAUCACCCGGAUUUGGAACACCCGCCUAUCCUUUCCGAAAAAAUAGACCCAAUGCGCUGCCAACGAGGACAUCGGUCCUUCCCAUACUGCUUCCUCCUUCGACACUUCGGCCUGUGGCCUUCCGUACCUUCACGCGCAAGCAUAAUCUAACAAUAUCCUCCUCUGCGCUUCAAACACUAGCCACCUUUGUGGGGAAGAAUUGUGGCUCAGCAUGGCGCGAAGAAGGUCUCGCAGAAAGAGCACUCGAUGAAGUGGCUAAAGCCUGGAAGAAAGCUGGCGGUGGCGUCAUUGUCGAUGAAGGGAAAGGCGCCUCACUGAAAGCCAUCCUCCAGACUUUAGAGAGCAAUAUGAGUGGGGGAAGGGUUAUCUCUGGGAAGCACGCCACGCCAGAUGAGGUCCCUUCGAGAACAACAAGCCCAGGCCAAGGAAACAGACGCUCUAGGGCCGAUCCGCAAUUGUAUGCAGCGGCAGGGCUGGAAGGAGAAGGUGCAGCAGAAAAUUCUGACGUACCCUCACACCCGAGACAUUGGGUUAGGGUUAUCGAGGCUUUUGAUAUACCGCGAUUGACCUAUAAUGCGGAUAAGAGAUACUUCGAAGUCGCAAGAUCAAGGCCCACUCUGUUCCCUCCAUCCUCUCACAGGACCAAUCUGUUUAGGGAUCGUUACAAUGUUAUCCAUCAACGUCUGCUUCGGCAUGAGUCAUUCCAAUCACCGUCCGGUCCCUCGCGUAUCUUGCGGAAAUCAUCAUCUUCUUUAGCGGUUACCCAAGGCUACAAGCUCACACCAAUCGCGAAUUUACUCGGAAGAAAUGGCACAUCACACCUUAUUCUAGGUUUACUCUCAAUGUCCCCAACGGGGGACUUGAAUUUGAGCGAUUUAACCGGGAGUAUUUCUUUGGAUCUGAGACACGCGCGGAUGGUGCCUGAAGACGGAGCCUGGCUCGCUCCAGGGAUGUUUGUCCUCGUUGAUGGGAUAUAUGAGGAAGAGGAAAAUGUUAGGGGGUCUACUCUAGGCGGCAAUUCCGGGGUCGGGGGUGCCAUUGGAGGAGUUUUUGUGGGCGUUUCUAUAUGCGGUCCUCCUUGUGAGCGACGGGAGACAUCUCUCGGGAUGAACAACCAACAAAGUGGCAGAGAGGUCAGUUCCAGUGGGGGGCUUGGAUGGAUUGACUUCCUGGGAGUUGGAAGUGAACGUGCGCAGGGCCCGCGAAUGAGGCAUAUUGAAGCCAGCUAUCUACGAGGUGUACACGGAAGCGCUGAAGGCGACCGCCGGUUAAAGGUGGCUGCUUUGGGGGAGGUUAAUCUGGAUGAUAUGAGGACUUUAGAUGCGUUGAGGAAGGUCUUCAGCGUCUAUCACCACUUGCCUUUGGAGGAGCGUCCAAGCAUAUUUGUCCUGACGGGGAACUUCGUGCAAAAAGCCAUCAUAAACAGCAGUGGCCAGGCGGGCAGCAUCGAGUACAAAGAACAUUUCGAUGCUCUCUCCUUGAUACUGUCGGAGUUCCCUUCGUUGUUGCAGCACUCGACAUUCGUAUUUGUUCCGGGCGACAAUGAUCCAUGGCCGUCGGCUUUCUCAGCUGGCGCCGCCUCCCCAAUCCCACGCCAUUCGAUUCCAGAAUUAUUCACUACUAGAGUGAAACGAGCAUUUGCUACUGCCAACUCGCAGUUGGACUCCUCUCAGCCGUCUGGGCCUCCUGGGGAAGCGAUAUGGACUUCAAAUCCUUCCCGCCUUACCCUAUUCGGGCCUGUCCAUGAUAUUGCGAUAUUCAGAGACGAUAUUUCUAACAGAUUGAGACGAAACGCUGUAAACCUCUCACAUGGCGCCGACACCGCGAUGGCUGAAGACGCGCACGCUUCUGCCGGGGAAACCGACCAUCUCGAACCUCACAGCCAUAGCCCACAGACAGGCAUAAGCUCUAGUCUAGUCCCGAGUACAACCCUUUUCGCUCGAAGGCUUGUGAAAUCGAUUCUCGACCAGGGCACUUUGUCGCCUUUCCCGCUUUCUUUGCGACCCGUUUUGUGGGAUUAUGUCUCCUCCUUACAGCUGUAUCCGUUGCCAACUGCAAUCAUUCUAGCAGAUCCAGAGGCCGCGCCGUUUUGUAUAACGUAUGAGGGCUGCCAUGUGAUGAAUACUGGCAGGCUUGUUCCGGAAGGCGAGCUAUCCUUUGUCCGGUGGGUUGAGUAUGAUGCCAUCAAGAAUCGAGGCAGGAUACAGCAGGAACGCUUGUAG